UAGGUAGUACCUAUUAAAAUAUUCAAAGUCGUCAUUGAACUAAAUGGAAAGAAAAUUUAGAGGCUUUUUUUAUUAUUGUGUAAAUAAAGAUGUGGUUUGCAUAAAAUCUGUUUUCUGUUAACGGCACUGAGUAUGCACCGAUUCUCAACUUGGCUGAAAUAUUAAAUUAAAUAUUUUCUGUGAUUAAUUUGGGUUCUCAGUGAAAGAAGACUGCGAAUUUUCAAAUUGGCAAUACGCUAUUUAUCUUCGUUUCUUGGCUGAGUGAAUUAUCGAUAAGUUAUUCAAAAUGUGUGGAGGUUUUACAUGCUCCAAAAAUGCUUUGAUAGCAUUAAAUAUUCUAUACGUGGUCGUUGCCUCUAUUCUCAUAUCUGUAGCUGUUUAUGGGCAAGCCUCAUCAAUUGUGACAAAUUUACCUAUUGUGGGAGGAAUAAUGGCAUGUGGCAUAUUUCUUAUAUUGAUUUCUUUGCUAGGAAUGGCAGGUGCCAUAAAACAUCACCAAGUUAUGCUCUUUUUUUAUAUGGUGAUACUCUUCCUUUUGUUCCUUGUGCAGUUUUCUAUUGCAUGUGCUUGCCUUGGAGUUAACUCUGACCAACAGGAGAUGCUAGCACAACAGGGCUGGAAUAAAGUGGACUUGGAUGUGAAGGAACAGGUGCAAGAAAGAUUUCAAUGUUGCAGCUUCAAGAGUAGAGCCACCCAACCAAAUGCAACUGUGGACUACCCCUCUUGUGAUAUUGUUGAUAAAAUAUGUUGUAACAACAUGGCUGUGACAGAGGAGUGCCAAUGUACUCCAUGCAUGGAACGGUUGAAGGAGUCCAUUGACUAUGCUUUCAAGCUAUGUGGUGGUAUUGGACUGGUUUUCAGUUUCACUGAGUUUGUUGGUGUGUGGUUAACAGUAAGGUAUCGUAACCAGAAGGACCCGCGCGCUAACCCGAGUGCAUUUCUAUGAAUGACUUCUAUGGACUGAUCUAACAAAGGUGGUCGCAGUCUGGCUCGCCCGAAGGUAUCGCAAUCAACCCGACCCUAGUUAUAAGGAACCGCAUGCAGUCUUCCCCAGGCACAAUUAUUUAUAUUAAAAUUUUUAAAUCAAUUGUGCAAACAUAUCCAUGUAUAAGUGAUAAAUAGCCAAUGAAGACAACAUAAAUACGGAUAACAUCUAGAUAUAUAAGAAUCAAUAAAUCUGGCAGCUUCCUUUUGUAAAACACAUCGUAUUACACACUACGUGUAUUUUUUUUAUAAUUGUGAGUCACCCUGCGUGAGGGAGACAAAAGUAUUUAAAGCUCUCGUGUUUAAUGUGUCUGGCAAUACCUAAUGGCUCAAUGUCCGAUAUAAUUUCUACUCCGCGACAGGAAUCCGCGUAAAUCAAUUGUGAAACAAUAUACAGCAUGUGUAGCAGUGUACUCUGGUAGUCGAUAGAGCGUAAUGUGAUAUUCUUACAGACCCUAUACCCUAUUUAUUAUAAUUUUAAAUAAAAUAAAUGUGACACUGUAUUGUUAUAAAUAUUUGACGUCCGUAUUGCAAAAAGGGUCUCAAGACGUUAUGCGUUAUUAAAAGUAUUGUUGUCUCUUUCAUGUACAAUUAUGAAAACAGAGAUAGAACAUCACAGAAUACGUAUUGAGACCUUCCAGAAUAUUGACUUUAGUUUUAUAUACUCAAUGUGGAAUAAGGAAGUUAAUUUAAAAAUAAGUGCAAAUUGUUUUACAAGUUAACAUCUCACGGAGUUUAUAUAUAAUUCAAUGUCGUAGAAGAAUAUUUUAAAUUUACUCAAAUACAAGACAGAGGCUGUAAAAGACAAUGUAAUAACAUUAAGUCAGUAGAAUUUAUUAUCGUUCACCAAACAACCUGCACUAUGGUUGUUUGUUGUCGAUGUAGGUUUAAUGAACGAUCCCUAUAAAAUAUUUUUUUUACGUAUGUAGAAGUAUAUUAUAAUAAUAACUAAAUUAU